AUGAGUGGAGAGGUUCACAUCCCUUAUAUACUGCUUGAGAUCCCUUCCAACUUCCGAUGUGUGAUAUUUAUUCCUAAUAUGCCCUCUCGAGACGAUGGCUCUUUGGCCAUUGAUUUCGAUAUAUUCAGACUUGGAUCGCCGGCACCAAUUUCGAGCUUGGUCGAUGAUUGGACCAACUAUGGAUCAGAUCAGGGCUCUAAUACCAUGUUAAGCAUGUUCCUGUUCCUCCUCAUGGUUGAUGAUGUUAGGAGCAACGCCUUCGGCAGCAUGAGCCUGCUUUCUUGCUUUCUGGCUCUGUUGGCUUUGUAG